AUGAUUCCAUCCAAGAUGAGCGAUAGGACUCCAUUUGCCUCCGACGAGGGCAUCACGCCUUCCCCUGAAAAGGAAGACCUUGAAGCAGCGAAAGGGACAAUCCCAACCGAGCCACCCAACAAAGACCCGGAUCUCGUUACAUGGAGCGGGCCAAAUGACCCAGAGAACCCCAAAAACUGGCCCAACAGCUUGAAGUGGAAGAACACCUGGGCCAUUUCCCUCUUCGUCUUCAUCUCACCCGUCUCAUCAUCCAUGAUUGCCCCGGCGAUGCAAGAUCUCGGCAAGAGCCUAGGGAUGCACACCGACAUUGAGGUGUACCUCUCCAUGGCCAUCUUCAUUCUGGCCUACGCCAUCGGUCCCAUCUUCUUCGGUCCUGCUUCGGAGCUCUACGGUCGUGUGCGUCUGCUUCAGGUCAGCAAUGCGUGGUAUCUAGCAUGGAAUCUGGGAUGUGGAUUCGCCAAGACCAAGGCUCAGCUCUUUGCUUUUCGCUUUCUUGCAGGCAUUGGCGGCAGCGCACCGUUGGCGAUUGGAGGGGGCGCCAUCAGCGACAUGUGGAGCGCCGAAGAGCGCGGCAAGGCCAUGGGCGUCUACACUCUUGGGCCGCUCCUCGGGCCCGUCAUCGGACCCGUUGCCGGCGGCUUCAUUGCCCAGUACUCAACAUGGCGCUGGGUCUUCUGGGCAACCUCCGCCGCCGCCGUCGGAGUCCAGGUCGUCGGAUUCAUCUGGCUGCGUGAAUGUCACCCGGCCACGCUCCUACGCAAGCGACGCGACCGCCUCGUCAAGAAGACGGGCAACGAGAAUCUGCAUACCGAAGAGAAGGUAGAGACACUCACCUACAAGCUUCUCCACGCGUUCGAGCGGCCGGUGCGCCUGUUCACAACGCAACCCAUCGUCUUCUGCAUGGCCAUCUACAUGGCCUACCUCUUUGGAAUAACGUACCUCAUGCUCGCGACGUUUCCCGACAUCUGGACCGGGGUCUACCACGAAAACCCCAGCAUCGGUGGACUCAACUACCUCUCCAUCGCCAUCGGGUCGUUCGCCGGCCUCUUCUUCAACCUCAAGUUUGUCGACCGCAUCUACAAAGCCCUCAAAGCGCGGAACAACAACAUCGGCAAGCCCGAGUUCCGCAUGCCGUCGCUAGCGGUCGGCUCCGUCCUCAGCACUAUUGGCCUCUUCUGGUACGGCUGGAGCAUCGGGAACACGCACUGGAUCAUGCCCAACAUCGGUGCUCUGAUUUACACCGCAGGCACAAUCUCCUGCUUGCAAGGCAUGCAGACGUAUAUCGUCGACAGCUAUCAAACCUACGCUGCCAGCGCCAUGGCUGCCUGCGCGAUCCUUCGCAGUCUGGCUGGGUUUGGCUUUCCCCUCUUCGCUCCGUACAUGUACCAGUCUCUGGGCUAUGGAUGGGGGACCAGCGUGCUGGCAUUCGUCACUGUGGGUAUUGGCUGGGUGGCGCCUUUUGCGUUUUGGCGGUUUGGGCCCAGGCUGCGUGCAAUUUCCAGGUACGCUGCUCGCUAG